ACUUUGCAAGUCACUUCUUUAUGGGAGGUGAGAAGUUUGACACCCCUCACCCCGAGGGCUACCUUUUUGGUGAGAACAUGGAUCUGAACUUCCUCGGGAACAGACCUGUUCAGUUUCCUUAUGUAACUCCAGCCCCACAUGAGCCAGUGAAGACCCUGAGAAGUUUGGUGAAUAUCCGCAAAGACUCUCUCCGACUUGUGAGGUAUAAAGAUGAUGUUGACAGCCCUACUGAGGAGAAUGGGAAGCAGAAGGUCCUGUACAGCCUGGAGUUCACCUUCGAUGCGGAUGCCCGUGUUGCCAUCACCAUCUACUGCCAGGCAACAGAAGAGUUUGUUGGUGGCAUGGCAGUCUACAGCACAAAGAAUCCCUCCCUGCAGUCGGAGACGGUUCAUUACAAGAGAGGGGUGAGCCAGCAAUUCUCCCUGCCAUCCUUCAAGAUUGAUUUCUCAGACUGGAAGGAUGAUGAGCUGAACUUUGACUUGGAUCGUGGCGUGUUCCCUGUGGUCAUCCGGGCAGUGGUGGAUGAAGGGGAUGUGGUGGUUGAGGUGACAGGUCAUGCCCAUGUUCUUCUGGCUGCAUUUGAAAAGCACGUCGAUGGCAGUUUCUCCGUGAAGCCCUUAAAACAGAAGCAGAUUGUGGACCGGGUGAGCUAUCUGCUUCAGGAGAUCUACGGCAUCGAGAACAAAAACAACCAAGAGACCAAGCCCUCGGACGACGAGAACAGCGACAACAGCAACGAGUGUGUGGUGUGCCUGUCUGACCUCCGGGACACCCUCAUCCUGCCCUGCAGGCACCUCUGCCUCUGCAACUCCUGCGCCGACACCCUGCGCUACCAGGCCAACAACUGCCCCAUCUGCAGGCUCCCCUUCCGUGCCCUGCUGCAGAUCCGGGCUGUGCGGAAGAAGCCGGGGGCCCUGUCGCCAGUCUCCUUCAGCCCUGUCUUGGCUCAGAGCGUUGACCAUGACGAGCACUCUAGCUCUGACAACAUCCCUCCAGGCUACGAGCCCAUCUCCCUGCUGGAAGCGCUGAACGGGCUGCGCUCGGUGUCGCCCUCCAUCCCCUCAGCUCCUCUCUACGACGAGAUCAGCUACUCGGGCGUGGUGGACGGGCUGCCCCGGCCCCUCGCCGCCGUGGACAGAGCCCUGGAGAGCAGCCACCAAAAGGGCAAACGGAGCAAGUCUCCGGAUAGCACACUACGGUCUCCCUCGUCCCCGAUCCACGAGGAGGAUGAGGAGAAGCUCUCCGAGGACUCCGACUCGCAGCCGGCGCUGAGCGGGGGUGAGCUGGUCCUGAGAGAGACCAGCUCUCCAGAA